AUGGCCCAUCCACCUGUCUUGGAGUCCCCUGAUGGUGGAGUCUGUUUCUUCUUUGAAAAGGCAGAGCUACUGGCUGGUGUUGAUGACUGGGAGAAUGUGGAUUACCCUGAUGAUCCAAGUGGGGACAAGAAUGUUAACUUUAUUAGAGUUGAACUGCAACAGCCAGGCCAGUGCAUGGUGUCUUAUCACCCCAUACUUGAUGGUACUUCAUGUGAUAGAAACAGGCAAUAUCUGCCACUGAACUCUCUGCCCACCCUGAGACCAAGACAAUUGCCAGAUGACUUCUCUCCAUAUGAGACAUUGAAGAUCAAUGAACUUCCAGGAAUCAUUGCCACACUCUAUAAUGAGGACCCCCCCUUCUCCUCACACAAGCACCUCUAUAGUACUAUUGAUGUGAUGAUACAUGGUGAUGUGCCAAGGAAAUCAUUCUCAGUUAAGUAUUCAGGUGCCAUACCUGACAAUCCACCUUCCUGGAUGAUGGCUGAGUAUGAUGUAUGGUUUCAUGAUCCCAAGAUUGUCCUUGAGCACCAACUGGCCAACCCCAACUUUGAUGGCAAGAUCAACUAUGCAGCAAAGGUUGUGAUCAAUGAGCAUGGGUGCUCUCACACCCCAAAGGUGUUGUAG